GAGAGACAGAGUGGGAGAAUGAAACGAAUGAAAAAUUAGAAAGAACACGUCAAAAAGUGGGAGUAGUCACAAGGAAGUACCGGAGCGAGUGAAUAAGUAAGGGGGGAAGGAAAUAGAGCGAGAGCAAGAGGAGGAGUAAGACAGAAGAAAAGAGAAAAGGAGCGUGAAAUACGAGUGCAAGAAUACGGCAAUAUAAUAUCGAGGUGAGGUGAGCAAGAUGAGAGACUCGACGACGGCUUAGUGUAACUUGAAAAGUGCACGAGAGAAUGACAAAAUAGAGAAGGGAACAUUAAUUUCAUACUUUUCUCUUCCUUUCAUCGUUUUUACGCCCACAUAACAAACGCGUAGCAAUACUUUGCAAGGAGUCCUCCCUCCACUUUAUAUAUUCGUGUUCGCGCAACGCACGGACAACAAUGUCGAUCGGAAGUAACUUGUCUGUCCAGGUUGUGUAAAUAUACGUGUUGAGAUCGUUCCCGUCGUCAGCGUCAUCGGGGAGUAGUGCACGCACACAGACGUUGUAUCAUGCGCUCUCCUCGUGAGCAACUCUUUGAAAAAGAAUCGUCAGCAGGUGCGGCAGUAAUCUUUCUCUUUCUCUUUCUUCUGCCUCUUUCGUCAUCUGACGAAGGUAUUCACCUUCUCUGCUAUUAACACUAGCAGCAUCAAAAUCGUCAUCGACGGCGCCGCACGAAGAUGAUGCAGCGGUCGUGCGACAACUGCUAUGACUUCUGAAGUACAGAGGAGCCAAGCUAUGCGGGGCCUUUGGGUGUACUAUUUGUUCUGGGAGAGCUUGCCCAUCCUCAAAGCUCAUCCUGUAUUACCUACAAUAUCAUUAGGCACUAAUGAAUCACUCAGACAUUGGGAACUUAAUUGGCUCAAAUAUAUCAUAGGAUUACUGGGGAUUACAAUCACAGCUUUUACUUUGGUUGGUUGUUUAUGUUGUCGCAGAAAUCGUCGACCUAAAGGAUUUCAGGACUGUAGCGGAAGUAUUAAUAAGGAAUUCAAGGAUGGCAACUCAAUCGAUAAUGAUUCAUCAAUGCCUCAGUUGCAAGGCUUGGAGUUACAGGUCCCCACUAGCAUCACUACUCCUGAACGUAUACAAUUUGAACCCUUACCAGUAGAACGUUUUAUACCUGACGUAUGCAUAUUGCCAAGGCCUAAACCACCGCCACCUUCGCCAUCCAUCUUUGAAGAGGUGAAUGAAUCAGAUCGAUUAACUUUACAGAAUUCGUAUAAUGAAUGGUUCCAGAACACCGAUCUACACUUACCACGAGAAAAACUCAAGUAUCUGCGUGAAAUCGGUCAUGGAUGGUUUGGUAAAGUCGUUGAAGGAUGCGCUGAAUUACAAGGAACUAAUUUAGAAAAGUGUAAUGCAAAAAAUGGAAAUGUCGUGGUAAGGAUAUUAACAGAAGAAGCAACGACCAAAGAGAAAGCUUGGUUUCUUGGGGAAGCCACGCCUUAUUUCAAGCUUCGCCAUCGAAACAUCCUGUCCCUCUUUGGUUCCUGUCUUGAAGCCGAUCCGUAUCUAUUACUCUUCGAAUCGUGCCCGUUGGGUGAUCUUAAAGGCUUUUUACAUACCAAUCAUGAUCCCCAAUCACGAGAGGCUCUUAUUAAUGAAAAUAUGCCUACACGCAUUGCUAUUGAGAUUGGCGCGGGACUUCGACAUAUGCACCAACACAGACUUACCCAUACUGAUCUUUCAGCAAGAAAUUGCCUUGUCGCAUCAGAUCUGUCCAUUAAAUUAGGAGAUUACGGGACUGGAGUUGAAAAAUAUCCCGAAGAUUAUUAUAUUUUAGGAGACAGAGCAUUGCCGAUACGAUGGUCAGCUCCAGAAACAAUUGAGUGCACUAAGACAACGAUAGAAACACGUGAGAUAACUCCACGGGCCAAUUUAUGGAGUUACGGCGUCUUAUUGUGGGAGAUAGCCAUGUGGGGGAAAAGACCUUAUGAUGAACUGGAAGACGAGCAAGUUAUUGAGAUGCUACUCUCCUCGAAAUCGGGCAUGAAACCAAUUGGAUCACAGCUACUUCUUCAAAAUAACGAGAAUUGCCCUUCAAACUUAUUGGAAGCAAUUAAGACUUGUUUAAUUCUUGAAUCUGAUAAACGAUUUCCUUUAGAACGUGUGAGGCACGUUCUAUUAAAAGAUCAGCUAGAAGCCGAAACUUCAGAGUUUGAACAACGCUGGGAGACCCUACGACCGAAUACCUUAAAAGAACAGACGAGAAGUGCAAGCUUACAAGAUUUACGUGGCAGUAUAGAUUCAGAACAAUGGCAAAGUUUAACACAGACAUCAUUUCGUCUCGGUCCUGAAGAGCCCGUAAAGAACGUACCAGGUGGUUUGAUUCGUAGCAAAUUACCCUUCCGUGAUUCGGAUUCAGAAACGGAAGAGGAGAGUUGGCGUGGUCGAGUUGAACGCGGCGCUUACACGGAGAAAGUCAAGCAAAAGUCAAAAUCAGUGGCAGAUCUUAUGGUGCUAGUGCACAUCGAGCCGGACUCGGACGCUGAUUUGUCAUUGGGCCCGCAGAUGCCCAUGAUAGAUAAGACAAUGUCAGGGAAAAAAAGAUUAUCAGUUACUGGCAGUGAUGGUGAUUUACCAAGUGCAGUUUUCGAUGAUCAAUUUGAUUUGGCAUUAAGAAAACUUAGAGAUCCUUUGAUACCAAGUAAUAAUGUACGAGGUCCAAAAAGUGUGUCAACUUCCAACAUGGAAAGACCUAAGCUUUUAACCCUUACAAUGGAUCAAGGACAAACUCCAAUUUUAAGACUGACCUUUGAUUCUACUGUAGAUAAAAAUAUUAAGAAAGAAAUUUUUGAAGAUGAUUGUUUAAAGCCUCUAAAUAAAGAAGCUGAGUCAAAUACUCUUUCUAAUAAAGAACAUGUACUGAGACUAUUAGCAACAAGAGAUUUAAAUCAAUCUUGGCUUCGGUAUGAUAAAAAAAUCAAUACCACCACUGAAUCCUAUUCGGAGAAAUUAGUAGAAUCUCGAACAAGCACUGCUACGAAUGAAGAGUUUGUAACACCUGCAUGUUUUUCCAACAACUUUCAAAUAACUGAUUUGGAUGAUGACAUUGAGACGGAUGAGGCAAUUAAAGAAAAAAAUGACUUUGUACAAAAUAAUUCAUUCAACGCAAAUACCUGGAACGAUACAAUGGACCCUGUCCUCAAACAAAACACAACCAGUUUUAAUUCUUAUACAAUACCGUCACCAAUCCACAAAAAUGAUGGGGUUAAUGAUGAAAUGAUAACACCAUCGCCACAAUCACGAACGGAAUAUUCUACUGAGGAUGCUGAAGACGAGUUUUCCAAUGCUGAAGAUCUGCCUGGUCUGUCGAAGCGCCACUUGCCAAUAGACGAAGAAGAUGACAGAAAACGUAUGUCAACGCCUGAUGAUGAACGUAGUUCCGACUCAGGAUUUCGCGAUAAGGAAUCCUGUGAAGAAGAAGAAAGUCCGUUACCGGGACCUUUGCCCAAUCUUAUUUCAUCGCAAUCCAACACACCCAAAUCAACAACGACGCAUGACAGUGCUGAAGAAGAACAGUUGCGUAUACUAUUUGAGCUCGACACAAUUCUGGAUGCUGAGUAUUAUGGUAUACUUAAUGAUUCAUUGGAUCCUAACUCUGACAAGUCAAUGCCUCAGAAAUCCGAUGCUUCAAAUCUUGCACAGAAGGACAAUGAUGUAGAAGCUGAGAACUCAGAUACUAUGCACUCUUCAAGCGAUACGACUGGUGAAACUCAAAAGGAAAUUGUACAAAUAGAUAAAUUACAUGACGAUGAUGCCAAUUUGAAUGUCGUACUUGAUUCACAAAUAACAGAUUUGGAAUCGGGUCCAUUAAGUCCUCGUUAUCGAUCCACUAUGAGUAAUCAAGAUGUAAAUGUGAUUGCAACGCGAACGCUAAGCGAAAACGGGAAUUGGGUAGGUCCAGGUAUAUUGGAUAACAAUGAAGAUGAAGAUAGCUCAACGAUGUCGCUCCGCAGUGACAAUUCCUAUGUAUCAUUUGGCAUGGAUGAAGAAUUCGUCGCAGCAAUCCGUAAUGAAUUGAGAGAAAAACUGCCACGUGCACAAAUGACAGUUGUUGAAGCACAAGAGCUACAUGAUGAGGACGAGCCGUCACUUAUUAGCGAUAUAGAUAACAAAAACUGGGAUGAAAUUGAAGAAGAUUUAUCUGACAGAAGUAGCACUCUUGAUAUAUCUAUUAGAUACAAUACCUAUGGUACACCGUUAAGCCCAAUACUUGAAGAACGAGAAAGCACAAGCAUUUCAGAAUCUACGAAUAUAACGAAAGACGAUUCACGGGAUACAUCAAUAGCAUCCAAAGGUGGCAGUAAUUCUCUCUCAGAAGAUGAUGUACUUCUUAUUGAUACACAAACUAAUCGAGCGACACUCGUUGAAGGCAUAUCUUCACAUUCUCAUAAUUCUCAGGAGCUGAUGAAUCAUGUAACAUCUAAUGAUAAUAGGAUUUCAAACAUACAACAACAACAGAUGAGACUUUCCUUUUCGAUGGAUAAACAACAUGAUGGUAGUUCAAGUGUAGGUGUUCCAUUGCCCAGCCCCGAAGAUGAAGCCUGUAAGUGGCAACAGCAGAUAUCAACUUAUCCAAUGUUGCCCCCUCAACUCCAAGACAAUCUCAUGUCAACAAGUUUUGCGAAUGAGCAAGACUGGAAUAGCGAUAAAGAAGAUCAGGAUGAACAUAGUGAAAGUUUAACGAAUGAAAUUGACGAGGAGGACGAAAACGAAGAUGAAAAUGAUGAUAAUGAGGAGGAUGACGAUGAUGAUGAAUGUGAAGACGGUAUGAUGGAAGAAGAUAACGAAGAUGAUGAUGACGACGAUGAUGAUAAUGAUGACGAUGAUGAUGAUGAGGACGACGAUGAUGAUGAUGAUGAUAGUUCAAGCUCUGGAGAGUUUGUUUGGCAGCAAUAUGGUGCAACGCAUCUAGAGAGCCAUGAGACUGAAAAUUCAAAAGAAGACAAAACAGAUGAAACUAAUAACGAUCUCGAUGAGGAUUUAGAAACUGAAGAUGAAGAAUUAGAGUUUACCCCAUCAGCUUGGGAUGCAACAUUGGCACCACAUCGAUCAGCGCUUCGAUCACCAGACAAGACUAUAAAAUCUGGGGAUCAAAAGAAGAGUGUCUGGUUUAAAAAACAACGCUACCAUUGUGUGUACGAAUACCCAAAGGAAACACCGCCCAUUGAAAAUCAGACCUCUACAACAUCAGUAUGGGAGCCAACAUCUUAUGCAGACUGGGAAGAAAUGAUCGAUAACAUUGAUCGAUUGAAUUUUCAACCAAUGGAUUAUUUUGAAUCUAAUAACACCAGAGGAGACGAAGAGUUCUACGUAAGCAGUUCGAACCGUCCAUUCCAGUUCCAGUCAGGAAAUGGAAAAUACGUUAGUCAAUUCUUUCCUGGGGCUAGUGGCAAUGGCGCUGCCACGACACCGCAUGAUACUGCGAUUCAAGACUCUCAGACACAUCAAAAUGACGAAGCAACGCAGCAACAAUUUUUCAGCGAUCGUCAACAAUUGGGUGAAUUAAGGCAUACACGCGAUCGCCUGAAACUCAAUCUAUUAACCUCACCGCCAUCCUCGUCUAACGGUGACAAUAGAAGCUGUGGAAGUGGCAGUAAUAAAACUGCACAAUUGUGUAAUUCGGUAAAGCAGGGUAUCGAGGAAAAGAUUAAAAACGUUAAGUCAGAAGAAAGCGGAGUCGAAGGCGAAAAAACAAGAUUAGAGGAAAUGAGUACGAAAAUAGGAGAGGAUGUACGACUGCAAUCUGAGCCUUUCAAGACUGCUGAUCAAGAAGUUAUGACCACCAACGCGGACUUCGAAUCUCACGUUAAAUCGUCACCGUCCGAUGGCCAACGGAAUAUUACUGGUCUCGAAUUUACUAGCAAUUGUGACAAUUUCGACGUCGAAUAAUAUAGGGUAUCAUAUGUGAUCGCCAUGCGGAAAAUAAAGAUCUCGUGAUUUUUCAUGUUAAUCGUGCAAUUGAAAACGUUAGCUGAUGAUGUAAACUUGCAAUACAUUAGUGCAAGGAACAUCUUUUAAUACUUCCAAUUGUAGGGUAAUCGAAAGUGUGGUAAGUGCUGAGGAGCUUAUAAUUAAAAAUGGUAUUCUUUAUUUGUUACUUUCGUAAGUCAGAGAAUAGUGAAAGGACGUUAUAAUACUAAAUAUUAAAAUGUCACUUUGAUUUUAUUACGUGAUAUAAAUGUGCGAUUUAAUAACCGAAAUAAA